UCUAGGGAAGUGAAAAUUCUAAUACACAAACAAAACUCAAACAAGUUCGUGAGACACAAUCAAUUAAAAAACCACAAACAUCGCCAAAUUCAAAAUUACCAUCGUUGCCAAAGGACAAUAAACAGAAUAUACAAAAUCCAACAAGAAAAACCACAGUACCAUCCAAUGAACAACAGAAACCGAAGACUCUUGCAAGACCUCAGGGUUCACCAAAUCCCGAACCAGCGGUUCCUAGAAUCACAGCUAGAGGAUUGGAUAGUAAGAAAAAAAAACAAUCAGAUGUUAAUGAACAAGAAAUCAUAUUAUCAGAAGAGGAAAUCAAGGAUAACGACAAUUCGCAGGAGUUAGAAUUGCCACCAGAAAAUACCAUACAAUCGGGCAAAGUUUUGGCAAAAACUGUUAAAAGACAAGCGAACAAAGGAGGAAGCGGGUUUAUAAACAAUUUAACUAGAUUUGUGAAUUCGACCUGUAAUACAUUCGGAUUUUUAAUAGGCAUCAUAAGGAAACAAUCGUCAAAUACAAAUACCGUGGUUAGAUAUGCUAGUGAUGUACUUUCAAGAAGUGGUAGUUCCGCGUCUAAUGGAGUAAUAGGUGCCCUAAAAAGGACUCAAAAGAUCGGCAGAGAGGGUUCAAAACAAUUUUCUAAAUUACUGAACAAUGCUGAGGAAUUUGGUGUAAACUUAACAAAAUUAGGAGGAACUGCUGCAAGCUCAACAGUUGGAAUAGGAACUAAAGUAGCUAAAGUGGGUAACAAUGUGUUAUUAAAAUCAAAUAAAUCAAUGGAUAGAGCAUUAAAUAGUAUAACACCAAAAUUACCCGAAGAUGAAGAUGAAAAUGAAACAAAUUCUCAAGAAUAAAACCCAAAAGUAUAGCAAUCAACAGAAGUAAAAACUGAAAAGUACCAAUGAAGGAUAAAAAAAAAAUGAAAAACCAACAACUUCAAAAAAAAAUUUAUAUUAAUUUAUGUACAAAAUCAAUGUAAUAAUAUAGUUUGUGAAUGUUACAGAGAUUAUUAAUGUUAUGUAAUUUAACCUUGUUUCACUCUAUCAUUACAAUAAGCAGGUAGGCUAAUUUUAGUAGCCAUUAUACAAUAAACCAAUCCAUCCACAAAAAAAAAAUAAAUAUAAAUAUACAAUACACACCUUUAAUAAAGAUUAUUAAAGAUGAUUAAGAUUUAAGAUAAUUUUUAAUUCGAAACCGGUCGUACAAUACACAUUUUAUAAUACCCCAGGCGACACAUUCAUUUAUUUAUAUAUUUAUUUACGAGUAUUAACCAUUUAAUAAUUUUGUUUUUACUUUAUUAUUUUAUUAAAGAUAUAUUUUCCAAAAAUACAAAUUUUUAAUGACAACUAUAUUUUUUUGUAGUUAACCAUAUUCACAGGAUAAUAAUAAUAAAGAAAUAAUUUUCAUCAAAAUUACAAAUAAAUAUUGUAACCAGUUCAAAUUGAAAUUUUAUUGGAAAACUAAAACACGCACGAAACAAAUAAAAUAUUGUUAUCUAUAUUUCUCUGUAGUUACAUAAUUUACAGAAUCAUCUAUUUAAUUUUAAUUGAAAAAUUGUCAAACACUAAAAAUAUAUGAGUACCUAUUAUAAUAUUUUAUGAUACAUAAUCAUUAAGUAAAAAAUUAAAAAAUUAAAUAUAAAUAAAUAAGAGGCUAAAAACUAUAAUUUAUUGUAAGUGCAAGUACAUUAGAAAAUAACUAUAAAUCCUUGUUUAAUUUUGGUGAUUUUCUAUCAACACUCUUCAUAAUAUUUUAUAGUGAAAAUAUAACAAAAAAUAAUAUUCAACCACUAACUAGCGUGAUCGCAAUGAUAGUCUUGCUUUAUCCAUUAUAUCUUUUUUCAAUUUAACUUGUUCAGGACUUAAAGGGUUUAAAUCAAAACAUAUCUCAAUCGAUUUAGUAAAUUGUUUCAAUUUAUACAAGUUUACAGCUAAUUUAUAUCCAAUUUUAAAAUCCUUUUGUCCACAUAAUGCCCAUGCUCUUUCGUAAUAGUCCACAGCAUCAUCUAAAUGUAUUUAAAAUGUCUUGUGAUAUUGUGCUAGUAAACUUUAAAUAUUAAAUUACCAUAUUUUUGUUCUUUCUCCGCUGAUGCACUUAACAGUUCAAAACCUUUGAUUGAAGACUUAUUAUAAACAAGAACUUUAUUAACUAAUUCAAUACACACGCUGAUCUUGCCAGAUUGAAAGUAUAAUUCUGCCAUUAGUAGCCAACUGCGUUCCAAGUAUUCAGCUUCUUCAAAUUGCCAAGUAGCCUUCAGAGCAACUCUCUUUAAAAUUGUUUUUGCCCUUUGCAAUUGUUUUUGAUAAACAAAAGCUAAUGCCAUUCCUAGAGAAGCAGCAAUUCUAAAAGUUCAAAAUAUUUCAUGAAGUACUAUUUUCAAAAUAAAAGAUUUCUUAGGCAUUAUAACAUUUUUACUUGUACGAGUCCUGUGAUAAUUCAUUAAACAUAUAAAUCGCUUUUUCUACUGAUUGUUUUUCUUUAGACUCUAAUAGCACGUAUGUGGAUAAUAAUUUAUAAUUUUUCUGUUCUUCUGGAGUAUUCGGUUUCAUCUCCUAGUAACAAAUAUAACUAAUUAUACAAACUAAUCAAAAUUGUAUAAAAUAGUAAGGUUUAUUUAUACCAUCAACAGCUUAUUUGCCAGAGUCAAAUUUAAAGUAGAUUCAUCCAAACAAAUCUGAACCAUGUUAUGUAAUGCUUGCUGUCCCCACUCAGCAUCAUUUUUAGCCAUAUUGAAAUGGUGCAUGGCAUCGUUGAUGUUUAACUUAUACCAGUAAUACAGACCACAGCAGUAAUGAAAUCCGGCUUGAGAAAUAUAUUUAUGCACAGCUGCUAUUGAUGUCUUUACCUCUUCCAAACAAUCUGUUCUACGGCAAACUUCAACAAGUCGAGCUAAAGCUGCCCAAUUAGUAGGUUGCUUUUCUAAUAGUUUAUAAAAAUGUUUUUUGGCUGUAACAAAAUCGCAUCGUCUAAAUGAUAAAUCAGCCACUAUAAGCAAUGCUAAAUCAUUGUUUGUAUCUUUAAGCAGCGAAGAACAUAUCAGUUCACAGGAAUUCCAAUCAUUCAUCUAAAAAUAAAAAAAAUUUAAUUUCUUUACCAAUAAACAAUAACAUAAUGUUGAACAUAUUAUAUAAAAAAUUCUAAACAUGAGUAAAAUUAUUAAAUAAAUUAUUUUUCCAUUUUCAUCUAAAAAAAAUCAACAUAUUUAAAUAUCAAAUAAUACCUUUUAUUAAUUUGCACUCACUUGCAUGAACAAUUUGGCUAAACUAAUCUUUAAUGAGCUUGCAUCUUCACUGUCAGCAACUACAUGCACAAGUGCUUGUUUGUACAAAGAAACAGCAAGAUCAUUUUGAUUUAACCUAUGAGCUAUUUCACCACUACGUCUUAAUAUACUUAAUCUGGUACUUAAUUCUUGGUUUUCUAAAUAAGAACACUGUUUUAAUAAAUCAAGUGCUUCAUCUAAUUUGCCUUUUUUUUCUAAAGCCUAUAAAUAAAAAAAAAUGUAUCAUUUAUUUAAACUAUAUUUUACCCAAUCUUCAUUUAUCAACUAUAUUUCAAAAACUGUUUCUCAUAUAUAUUUAAUAAUUAUUAAAUCUAACAUAAAUUUAUAUAUGAAAUAUUUUAAUUAUAAUACACUAAUAGAUCAAUAACAUAUCUAAUAAUAAAAUAAUUUUAGUAGGUAGUUUUAAAUUUUAAUUAAGAUUAUUUGAUAAUAAAUUACAAAAAACAAACAUUUGCCAUAGGAAUAACUUUAGCUUCUAAUGGAAGUGGAUUUAAAACUUUAAUUGCCAUAUCACACUGAUUCAAUUUGAUCAAAAGAUUAGCCAUCUCCAAAGCACCAUCUUUCCCUAUUAAAUCAUUAACACAAAUACUAUAAAUUUACCAUCAAGAAUUAUUGAUUGUAUUCACUAUUCAAGUGUAUUUACUUACCAGAUUUAUUAUAAUAUUUAAUAGCUUCUUCAUACCGAUGGGUCGCAACUAAUACUUGAGCAACUUUUAUAAACAGUAAUGGUUCAUUUUUUAAACUCAGUGCAUUUUUUAUUACUUUUAUAGCUUCAUCAGGUUCCUAAAUAUCAACAUUAUAUUAUUAUUUUGUUUUCAAAAAAUUCAAAAGAUAAAGGAAUAGUUUUCAUAAACAUAUAAAAAAAGCAAGUUUGUCUAGUUCUAAGUUAUCAUAUUCUUAUACAGUUUAACAUUUAAAAUAAUAAAAACAUACAAAUUAUUUUACUAAAAACAAAGUUCUGAUGCAAUUCAAAAUUGAUUAAAGUGUUUGCACAUAUAUUAUAUAACCUGAAUUUUUAAAUACGCAUUUGCUAGUUCAAUCAUAUUCUCAGCAGUAGGAAAUGAAUCAACUAAAGUUUUGUAACAAUUUGUAUAUUCAUAUGGAUCUUGGUUAGUUCUCAUGUAUAAAUCAGCUUUCAUUUGUUGAGCCUAAAAAUAAUUUUAUUUGAUUAUUGAAAAUUAUUAUUUUGGUAAUAUUUAUAUAUUUGUAUUAGUUGGUCAAAAGAAUGGCUAGUUUAUACUGAAAUAGGUUUAAUGACCUAACAAUUCUAUACAUAAAUUUUAUUUUUUAAAUUUUGGAUUUUUACAAUGAUAUAAAAAUAAAUAUGAAUUUAAGGAUUUCAGCACAUAAAAUAUAUCUUCCCUAAUUAUUAUAAUAAUAUAUUAUACACUACAUUUAAAUAUGAUUUUAAAACUCACUUUAAUAAAGAUGUCUUUAUCAGGUUUUAUUGAAUUUAAUAUUUUUAAUGCACUUUUAAUAUCGUUUUUAUGCAAGUUAAUAUUUGCUUCAGCUAAUAUAAUUUCUCCUUCAUACUUUGUAUCUUUCAAAUAUUCAUAAGCAUUAUUUAAAAUUUGUAUGGCUUCACUGAUUUUAUCGACUAUACAGUAACAUUCACUUAAUGUUAUAAAUAAAGAAGCAAGAUCACUGGGUUCAAGUGCAUGUUCACCUAAAACAUCUAUUAAUAUUUAUUACCAAUAUAGUAUGUAUGUUUAUAAUCCAAUAAUUUACUUGACAAAUGAUUUAAAGAAUUUUCCAAAGCUCUUAUACAUUCAUCAUUCUUCUUGUAAUGUUUAUGUAAAAGUCCAUUCAGUAAAUUAUACAAAGGCCACUCACUAAUAGCUAAGUUAUAACUAAGACCCAGAUCUAAACUCUUAGAUGCAUUUCCAAAAUCUCCCUGCAAAUGAACAAUAUAAUAAUAAUACAUAAUAAAUGAUACAUCAAACAAAUUUAGAAAAUUAUUUAGUUUAGACUAUAUAAUAAUUAGGUACCCAGUAUUUAGGUUUCUUUAGGAAGAAAAUUAAGAAGCUAUAAAAAUGCUAAAGAAUAAUAAAGCAGCUGGACCACUGGGCAGACAGAAAAAAAUUACCUUAAUGAUCUAUAGAAACUAAAGAAAAAUUUAGGUACCUGUUUUAUCAAAAUCUUAGCCAUCAUGAGAUGUGCUUCAGAAUUUGUAGGAUCUAGUUCUAAUACUUUAUCUAAUGAUCGUUGAGCUUUUUUAAUAUUUUGGGUUUUACCAAGCAUCAACCAACCAUCAAUAAAUCCUGGACAAAUAUUCAAAAUUUGUUCCAAGGUGAUUUCCUUAAAAUUAUUAUCUGACAAAUGUCUUAAAAAAAGCAAUGUCAUGUUUGGAUUGAGUUUGAUUAAGUACUCUGGACCAAAUAAAAAGUUUGUAACAGAAUUAAAUUGUUGUUCAACUGCUAAUUUUAUUAAAUCCAAUUUAGAAUUAUUGUUUUUUGUAAUAAAUGCAUUUAUGAAUAUAAGCUCACUAGAUUUCAAUUCUCCUCUAAUUUCGUUUAGUAAAUUAAUUUGUUCUUCAACCUGAAAAUAAUGUUAAUUUAUUCAUGAAAGUAUUGAUUUGAUGUUUACUAUAAUAAUUUGAACAAAUUUAAAAUGCACAUACCUGAACACUUAUUUUAUUCAUAGCAAUCCAACACAAAAUUAUGCCCUCUAUGGCUUUGGGAACGGGUUCUGAAUCACUUGUUAUAUCAUUAUAAAGUUGAAUUGCUUCCUUAUAUAGUCCAGCCAAAUAUGUUUGAUAUGCUAGUUCCAAUUUAUUAUUGAUACUUGGUUCCAAAUCAACAGCUAUUUGCAUAGCACGAAUACAUUCAUUGAUAAUUUUUUUAUGUUGACAAGUUCGUACUAUAGCUGAAGACCAUUGGACAAAUACAUGUGGGCAUGGUUCAGAGUACUCAAUAGUUUUAAAAAAUUGAUCCGGUAUUUCUUCAUAUUUUCCAACAAUAGCUAUGUUAUAUAAAACUUUUGCCUGAAAAAAUAUUAAGCUAUUUAAAUAAUUACUAAAACAAUUAUUUUUGCUCACCAUUAAAGCUAAUAUAGAAUCCUUUUUUAUAGCUAAUAUACGAUCAACAAUUUCAAGAACUUCAGACCAAUUACGAACACUCAUGUAUAGAUUUAAUUUUUCAUGAAAGGCUGGUAGGAAAUCUGGUAGUUUAACAAUGAGUUGAUUUAAUAUUUUAGUGGCCUCAACUAAUUCUGAAGUCGCAGCUUCACCAAGAUAUCCUGCGAUGGAAUCACUUUUCUAAAAUCAAUAUUUAUUUCUUUCAUUCAAUAUAAUCCUAAAAAUAUUAAAAAUAAAUUUCACUUAAAGGAUUUGAAAAACAAAUUCACCUGUGACAAAACCGCUUUGAAACAAUUUUUAGCAUUUUUAAGUUUGUUUUCUUUAAGUUCUAACCAACCUUUGAUUAAAUAUCCAUCGACUGAACUUGGAUAUUCAGAUAAAAGCUGAUUAGAAUAAUGUUUAGCUUUUUCGAUACAAUUACAAAGAAUUAAAACAUUCGCAGCGUGAUAAAGUACAACUUCUGAGUGACUAUAGUCAUUGAUUGAAUGCUCUAACAUGUUAAUUGUGCUGGUAUCUGGAACCUAGUGAUAAAAAAAAAUUGUUUAACCAAGUUUUAUAAUUUUAAUGCAAAAUUAUUAUUUAUUUAAAUACCUCAAAUUUGUUAUGAGCAUAGAUCAUAAUUAAUGUAGAUGCUAACCCAGUGUCGGUACUUUUUACUAAAGCAUCAAGUAUAAUCAGCCCUUUGGAUAAUUUAUUUUGAAGUACAUACGAAAGCCCAUAAUAGAGUUUGUAAACCGAACUAUUGUCAUUUAAUUUAAUGACUUCUGCAGCUACUAAUUCUGCACUAUGGUAAUAUUUUUUUCUAAGGUAGUACUGUAUAAGUUCAUAAUCCAUUUUUUUAUUUUCCUAGUAUUGAUUUAACUAUUUUUGGGGUGAGGUAAAUUUUUAAAGUAAUUAUUUUAAUGUUUCCAUAAAUAUAAUUAUAUAAUUUACAUUUAAUGUUUCAUAAAAUAUAGGGAUAUUUUAAACAUCUAAUUCUCUGGUUCUUCAUAUAUUAUAUAAUAUUCAAAUGGAUUUUUAUCAGUAGUAACUCCUCAAUAAUAUUGUUAAUUCUGGCCUAGAAUAUUUUGUUUUACAUUUGAUCAGGAAUGGACAGUAUACAGCUGUAUUAAUGUUAUGUUUUAUUACAUAAUCAAAUACUUCCUGAAAAAAAAAAUAUCAAUUUUCAUAUACAUUCCUCGUGAAAAUAUUAAAAUAUAUAUAUAUUUAAAUAUUAACUGCAAUUAAACAUUUUAUUCUCUAUAUUUUAUAUUAAACUAGUUGUCCCAGUGUAGAUUGUGACUAUUUUUUUAUUUUUUUACCUACAAUUCUUUUUUGUUUUAACCCUGUCAGAGUAUUGAAUGAAAACAAAUUAUUGGAAAGUGGGAAGUCCAACUUCAGCAGACUAAAGAUGUUCUGUUUUGACAUUUUUUUCAUGAUUUUCAUAUCAAAAAUAUCUUAACAUCAAAUUUUUGAGAGGAGAAAAUGGAUUUCAAGGGAUCUAAAGCCUAACCUAACCUAUCAGGGAAUGAGGAUGAUCGCCAGUGGAAGAGAGUGUGUACCGUAAUAUAAUUUUCGCUCACAAAUGAUACUGAGUUCCUUUUAUACCUUAAAUAUGCGUAUUUACUGACAAUUUGUAUAAUUAUAAAAUUAAUAACUCGAUUGUAAAUCUAUAUACAUAAAAUUAAUCAAUAUUUUAUUGGUAACACCAUAACUUGAAUACUAUCUAAAUUUCCAUAUUUUCUGGUAGAUUUUCAAAAAAAUGUCUUUCGUACACUUUAAUUUUUAUUUAUCAUCAAUUUGCUGUUGUUAUAGAAACAUGUGACAUGUUUAGCACAAUUGAACUUCAAUUAUCAAAUUAUUUUUAUUGAUUUUCAUUCUACCUUGGUGAUACAAAUGAAAUUUUAAAAAAAAGUAUUUAGAUUUUCAUGGAAAAAAGCCAUCCAAAUGUAUGUCUUUUCCAACAAUUUUCUUUCAUAAAUCCUUGUCCUGACAAUUACUAACACAACCAAAAAAAAAAAACAGCCAAAUUGAUCCAUCUGUUUUCAAGUUAAGGUGUCAGCAAUAAAAUAUCAAUUUAUUUUUGUAUUAUACAUUAAUUAAAAAUAUUAUGAACUUUAUUCUCUAUGGUUACUUAAAUAUAAUGUAUCUUUUUAAACAAACUAUAAAUUUUUUGGUAUUCUAUUUUUGUAAAAAAUAUUAGGACAAAUAUUUAGACUUAUGAAUGUUACUAGUAAAUUGAAUUAGUAUUUGAAUAAAUUAAUAAUAUCAUUGAAAACAUAUUUAUGUUGUAUACCAUAAGUAAUUAUAUUUUCUUACUCAAAUAAAAUAAAAUAAUUAUCACCUAUAAAUAUAUACAUAUUAAGAUCAUUUUAGAAAUUAAAACAUUAAAGUACAACAUAUUUGUAAUGUUUCUGAGGUAAAUAAUGUUAAAUGCAACUACAGAUAUUGACAUUGACAGAGAAGUUAAUAAUCAAAUCAAUAUUUUUUUUAUUUAAUUACCUAAAUAAAUGUUUUAAUUAGGUUUUUAAAUAAAAUUUAAAAAAUAAUAGAUAUAUUUUAUUAAACAAUUUUUAGACUUUGGAACUUAAACCCAAACACUACAGAAUUUAUUUUUUUUUUUUAACUAUAUCACUCACAUAAUAGGUAUGUUUAUUGUACCAACUAAACUGUACCUUUAUAAUUAUUAAAAUAAAAACUACAAAAAAAAUAUAAUUUACUGACGAACGUAUAGGUAACAUUAAUAACAUUAAACUAAUUCGCCUUACCUUUGGCAUUAUUAAUUUCAUAAAAAAAAACACCUUAUUCUUUGGGUCGUGCACAAGACCAUUUUUCAACACAUAAUGAAUAUUUUUGAUAAAAAGACACUUCAUGAUAUUUUAUCCUAUGCUAGAUAAUGCUAUGUGCAAAUAAAUUAAGCAGUGUAUGUAGUGCUAUAAGCUUAUAAACAGUUAAAAAGCCGGUAAACUUUGUAAUAGUGAUUUUUGAUUUACCAAUAUACAUCAUUGGAUAAAACGAAAAAUAAUACAAUGUUACCUUUUUUUAAUCGUUGUACAAAUACCUAAAUAUUAUUAUUUCAAAUUAACACACAUGCAAAUAGAAGAUCGAGUUUUUGAAACAAAUAAUACGUUUUAGUUCAAAUUGUACGCUU